AUGGCGACAGCAGUACCUCCAUCGCUCAAGGCCGCCGACAUAGCUCGGUUCGCGCACCGGGCAGCUCAACUCGAGAAAGCAAAGCCGAUCGUUGCGUACUGGUGCGACUACUGGAUCGUCAACCAGAUCCUCUCAAAGGGCCUCCACAAUGCCGAUCAGGAUGCGCUCACAUUCACGACGAACAUGAUGGACAAGCUUGAGAAGUUCAAGUCCGCAAAUGCCGCCGAAGCAGCUGUGACGGACGAUGUCGCUGGCAAAGCAUACGUCGAGCAGUUUGGCCUCGAGACCUUCACCCGAGCCGACAACGCCGUACGCGCCAACAAAGCCUCGCAGCAGACCGCAGAGACAUUCCAAGCCGCAUCCACCUUCCUCGAUCUCCUCGCAAUAUGGGGACCUAUCGAGCCUGAGAUCGUGUCCAAGAUCAAGUACGGCAAAUACCACGCCCUACGCAUCCUUAAAGCCAUCAAAGCCGGCGAAAAUCCAAAUGACUCGAAUCCUGCGCCUGCGGAGCCCGAACCACAGCCCGAGCUCGAUCCUAACGACCCAGAAGUGCAGGCAUUAGAAGGGGAAGGCAGACAGCGCCAGCCGUCCGUGGUCGAGGUGCCAGACGAGGCAGAUGGGACGCAGCAUACCCUGGCAAAGACCAGCUCCAUCGACCAGUCCCUACACCCAUCGCGAGAUCCCUCCGCAGCGCCAAAGCCGCGACAGCCGUCUGUCAUCGAAAUUCCAGAUGAGGCCGAUCGACUGCAAGCAAAGCUUGCAAGAACAAGUACCAACGACGAAUCACUUCACCCGUCUCGCGCGCCUUCGAUACCUCCACCGGCAGCGCCUACAGGCGGAAGUGUUUCACCGAUCGAGCAAGACCCCUUGAGUUUCUACCACGCAGGCACCGGCGGGGACAAUGCGCCGGUCUCGCCUCUCGAUCCUCCAGCCGAACGAAAGCCCUCGAUCGGUGGGAACUACUUCCCCGAAGUCCCUGGCUCAACAAGCAAUCAAGCCCAGACACAAUCGCCUACCUCAUUCGCCGCCGCAGAUGAGGCUUCCUUCCCCUCAGUGUUCGCAAAUGCGAGAACAGGCUCCGGCCCUCCUCCACCAGCACCGGCACAUCACCACGGCCGAUCGAUCGACGAGGGCCCACCACCGCAACCACAAACUUCGAGAGGGCAUCAUGGUCCGGUUCCACCACCUCCACCGCCAGCGCAGACCCAACCUCUCCCACCACCCACUGCAAGCAUUCCACAAGCACAACCACCUCUUCCUCCGGCAGCAACAACACACGCCGCCCCUCCCUCGGCGUACUACACGCAGCCUGCACCGCAACCACCACCACCACCGCCACCUGCCGGACCACCUGCGGUCGUCGAUGAAGAAGCAAUGCUCUCAGCACAGAAACACUGCCGGUGGGCGAUCAGCGCGCUGAAUUUCGAGGAUGUACCAACUGCGAUCAAAGAGUUGCGGGGUGCGUUAGGGGACUUGGGCGGGCUGUGA